UAAGAAAUCGAUAUUUUUAAAAAUUGCAAGAACAUCGAUGCACCGAAAGUGCCAUCGUUGUUUCUCCACCACUAGUAAACUAAACAUAAUUGUUUGCCUAGCCCAAAUUAUUGUAAAAUGGAAGAAAAUGAGACCACGUCGGACACGCGGAAUGACGUCGCGAAUGGCGAUGAUGACGCCACAUACCAGCAUAAAUUUGAGCUGCUCCAGAACAAUAUGCGCAAAAUGGAGAACGAAUAUAAUACGCAGAGAGCGAAAAUGAAGGAGCUCUAUAUGCAGAAGGAGACAGAGCGGAAGCAAUUACAAGAUGAAUUGGAUGAGCUCAAGACUACCGUCAUGGUUGCUGACCUCAAGUCCGAGAACGAAAUGCAAUUAAAGGAUAUACGGGCGCAGGAAGAGAUCUCGUCACUUCAGCAGCUGGUUCAGGAUACAAUCGAGGAGACGGCAACGUACAAAGCUGAGUUGGAGCGAAUCAAACUGGAACAGUUACGCCAGCAGCAGCUACAACUUCAGCAAAUGCAGCAGCCAGUAGAGGCGUCUGGUGGCUUGGCGCCACAUGUUUUGAAUCAGGUGAAAAAGACACUGGGAUCUGUCCGCAAAUUGGGCAGCGAUUCAUUAAACAACAGCUUUCAACAACAAGAGCCACCCGAGGGGAGUGCGCGAAGCGCACCUAAAAAUAAUGUCAAGCAAUAUGCUUCAGAGGAUGCGGAAAUGAUGCAUUCAAUAGUUGAACAACUGCAAGAAGAAAUGAAAGCGCUAAAAGAAAAAUUACGCGAAACGGACGAACAGUUGCAGGCAAAAUCCUUGGCAACAGAGGACAAGGAGGAAGCGUCAGCAAGAAUAGUCGCUGACGAGGAUGCCGCAGAUGCCAUACACAAGUCCACAUCAACUGAUUUGCUGGCCACCAAUUGUAAUUCCUGCAGGACACUGGAACAGCGUUCGGAAGAGUUGAGUGCACAAGUCAAGCAGCAGCAAAAACAACUGGAUGCCAUACAAAAACAACUUGUUGAAUCACGUGAACAGUUAAGCAAGGAGGCUGCACUGCGCAAUGAUCUGGAGAAUCAAUGGCAAACGAAGCGAGAGGCUCAUAAGAGCGAAGUACAAAACCUGCGAGAGCAAUCCAAAAAUAAUGAACUACAACUUUUGAACAUGCAACAAAAGUUCCUGGAGACGAAGGAGGAUGUGAUGCGGCAACUGCAGCGUGUCACAGACGAUCGGGAGAGAGUUAAUCAGCAGCUGGAAACACUGCAGGCUGACAAUGAUUUCCUAUCCGGUCGCUAUCUGGCGACAUCAGAAGAAAUUGAGAAUCAAUACAUAAAUCUCCCAAAUACUGUUGUCGAACUGCAGGAGCUAAUGCUGCGUCAGCAGAGCGAGUUGAUCCAGGCUCGUGUCAGCAGCGAAUUUGAGAAACAAAAGUGCGUCACUUCGCUCGAUGAGAUUCAAAUACUCCGUGCUCAACUCGACGAGGCCAACAAUGAGAGGCGUGCCUAUAAGCGCAAAGUGCAAUUAGAUAUUAAGUCACUGCAAGAUCGUGUUACGGAACAUUUGGUCGCCGUGCAAUCGCAUGAAUCAUCAAAAACUCUGUUGGAGCGCAAAGAGGCUGAACUAAACAAGCAGUUGUCGGAGUGCCGUGUUGAGAUUAUAGAACUGCAGGAUGCCAAUGAAAAACUAGGAAAAACCAAUUCAGACUACAAGUCAAAGAUUAAGACCCUGCAAGAGGAGUUGUCCACAAUGGAAACGGUGCAAAAGGAUUUCGUUAAAUUGUCGCAAACGCUUCAGAUGUCCCUGGAGGAGUUGCGACAUGCGGACACCGAGGUGCGUUGGCAGGACGACGAUGACGUGAACAAUUGCCCCACAUGUAAUGCAUAUUUUACGGUGAUGGUGCGAAAGAUCCAUUGCCGGCAUUGCGGACACAUCUACUGCGAUAAAUGUCUAACGAAAACGGUGCCAUCGGGACCACGGAAACGUGUCGCUCGUGUUUGUGAUAUCUGUCACACGUUGCUCACGCCAAACACUGCUCCUUACUUUAGUCACGAGCCGCAGCAGUCAAACUAGUCGGCUCCCAGCUCAGCAAGUUGGGUGGCAGUGCGAAGCGUCACUAUUUAUUUUGUUCUUGCGUAUAUAUGUACUGUGUACUAUAAUUAAUCGUUUACUUUGAUCAUUUAUUUGUUCCCGUUGUAACACUAAACGGCGUCAUAUCCCGAAAGAGUCGCAAAAUAGCGUCAAUAUUGCAAUCAUUGUAAAGAUGUAACGAUGUAACUCAGUCCUCUAGUUUAACUAUACCCUCUUUUUUAAUGUGUGUCGAGUUAGCUCUUUUUUUGUAGGUAAGUUUCCAUUAUUGAAUUUAGCGCAAGCAAAGCAAAAAAUACUUAUAUAUAUAUAUGAAAAAAUCAAUGAAUAAAAUCGUUAUGUACACGCAUUGUGUGGGGUUCUCUA